AUGGCUCAUCCCAGCCCCCAAGCCGUUCCUUCGCUCGAUGAGCUCAUCAACCUCUUCGCUACCUCCUCCUCAUCACCAGCAACUCUCGCACCUCCAUCAGCUCCUUUAUUCGGUGCCUCAUCGACCAAGUCAGAAUCACAACCUACCAAACCCGUAGAAAACCUCAAACCAAACUUGAUACCUGUAUUCGUUGAAAUACCUGCAGAUCUCUUAACUCCCGUAUCGGCUUAUUUGAAAAUCGCCAAGGAUAGUAAAUACUCUUUCUUACUGGAAAGUGUGAUUGGUGGAGAAAAUCUAGCAAGGUAUAGUUUUGUCGGAGCAGAUCCGAUCAAAGUUAUAAGGACCGGGGAAGGGUUCGAUGUGGAAGGUGAUCCAUUGACAGCUCUGGAAAAAGAAUUAGAACCUUAUAGAUUUGUUAAAAUUCCUGAAAUUGGUACUUUCACCGGUGGUGCCGUCGGUUUCAUCACCUACGAUUCGAUCGUCCACUUCGAACCCGUCACAAAACCCAAAGAACCACUGCACAACCCAUUCCCAGGAAUGCCCGAGGCGUUCUUCAUGCUCAGUUCGACCAAUUUGAUAUUCGACCAUAUCUACCAAACUAUCAAGAUCGUCUCUCACGUACACUUACCGGACGGUACGCCUCCUUCGCAGAUUCCAGCUUUGUAUGAAGAAUGCGUCGCUAGGAUAGAAACGCUUAGAAGGAAGUUGCUCUCACCGGAAGUUCCUUUACCGCCACAGGGUCCGGUUCAUUUAGGAUACGAGGCGACGAGUAAUGUGGGCAAGGAGGGGUAUGAGGGAUUUGUCACGACAUUGAAAGAUCAUCUUUUCAAAGGAGAUAUAAUUCAAGCAGUUCCUUGUCAGAGAUUUACUCGAAAAACGGAUGUUCACCCUUUCAAUGUGUAUCGACAGUUGAGAAGUCUCAAUCCUUCGCCAUAUAUGUACUAUAUCAACUGUUCCGACACUCAGCUGGUCGGAGCGUCUCCCGAAUGCCUAUGUAAAGUGGAGAACCGUAAAGUACAGUGUCAUGCUAUCGCUGGAACGCGUAGAAGAGGAAAAGAUGCCGAAGAGGAUGAAAGGUUGAGUAAAGAGCUACAAGAAGAUGACAAAGAAAACAGCGAGCACCUCCAACUUAUCGACUUAGCUCGAAAUGAUGUGCAUAGAGUGUGUAAACCAGAGACCGUCAAAGUCGACCGGAUGAUGGAAGUCGAGAAGUUCAGUCACGUCAUACAUCUCACCAGUCAGGUUAGCGGAAUGUUGAGGGAUGACCAGUCUAGAUUCUCGGCUUUCCGAAGCAUCAUGCCUGCUGGGACCCUUUCAGGAGCUCCCAAGAUCAAAGCCAUCCAGUUAAUAAUGGGGCUAGAGAAAGAACGUCGAGGACCUUACGGUGGUGGAGUAGGAGUAUUUGAUUUCGACAAGAACAACCUUGAUACCUGUAUCUGUAUCAGAACAAUGGUUUUCCAUGGUGGCGAGGCGCAUAUACAAGCUGGAGCAGGUAUAGUGAUAGAUUCUGUGGAAGAGUCGGAGUUUUUGGAAACCGUUCAUAAAGCUAAAGGUUGUAUGAGAGCUAUCGAGACUGCUGAGCAGUAUUACCAUAGCUUACAACAGUCUUCGUAG